UGUAAUUGAUACCCCUAGAUCUAAACUCAUUUGAUUCCAAUUCAUUUGAAGUAUCUCUGCAAAUGCAUAUAAAUAUUCUGACUCCCAGAUUUUUGGCACUCGCUUCAAAGACUUCGAUGUGAUCUAGAAAGUCUACAUUAGCUAGCAUUGUUUAUUUCUUUUAUUCUACUCGGUCCUAUUAUAAAAAUGGCGUCGAAGUAUACCUGCUAUGUACCUAACGAGUGGGCUGGUCUCUCGGAAAAAGCUCUACGCGAAACAGUGAAACAAAAAGCAUCCAAACAAUGGCGUUACUACAAACGCCUUGAGGGAACAACGGUGCGUUUAGAGGACGUAACAGCGAAAUUAGUUUAUCACAACUAUAAUCCGUGGAUGCGUAAAUCUGAGGACCAAUCAAACAGCCCAAAUAUGAACGAAUACUUUGGAAUACGGAUGAAUUGCAUUCUCUAUGUUCGAGCUCGUACUACCCUCCAUUCUACUCUCGUUAAAUUUGUCUUAGUUAUUAUGAAUCCUUACUAUUCUAAGAGUAAACAAUAG